AUGCCCAUGCCCCUGGGUGGGCUGCUGUGGUGGUGGUGCUGCUGCUGUGGCUGGUGCUGCUGUGGACUGUGCACCCCAGAUCCCCAGAUGUUGCGCCACCAGGGUCUCCUCAAGUGCCGCUGCCGAAUGCUCUUCAAUGACCUGAAGGUUUUCCUACUGAGGCGCCCCCCUCCAGCGCCCCUGCCCAUGCACGGCGACCCCCAGCUGCCUGGUGUGGCGGCCAACAACAACACCCUUCCGGCUCUGGGGGCCGGGGGGUGGGCAGGCUGGAGGGGCCCCCGAGAAGCGGUGGGAAGGGAGACCCCUCCCCUGCCACCUCCACCUCCUUUGCCUCCUUCUGUGGAAGAUGACUGGGAUGGCCCAGCCACAGGGCCCCCUGCCUCCCUGCUCAGCAGUGCUUCCUCCGACGAAUUCUGUAAGGAGAAAGCUGAGGACUGCUACUCUCUAGGAAGUAGCUUGGACAGUGGUAUGAGGACUCCCCUCUGCCGCAUCUGUUUCCAGGGACCAGAACAGGGAGAGCUACUAAGCCCAUGCCGCUGUGAUGGUUCAGUCAAAUGUACCCACCAGCCGUGUCUCAUCAAGUGGAUCAGUGAAAGGGGCUGCUGGAGCUGUGAGCUGUGUUACUACAAGUACCAUGUCAUCGCCAUAAGCACAAAGAAUCCUCUACAGUGGCAGGCCAUAUCCCUGACAGUCAUCGAGAAGGUUCAGAUCGCAGCUGCCAUCUUGGGUUCUCUCUUCCUCAUCGCCAGUAUCUCUUGGCUCAUCUGGUCGACCUUCAGUCCCUCAGCAAAAUGGCAACGCCAAGACCUCCUCUUCCAGAUCUGCUAUGGGAUGUAUGGCUUCAUGGAUGUGGUGUGCAUAGGUCUCAUCAUCCAUGAAGGACCCUCAGUAUAUCGCAUCUUUAAACGCUGGCAGGCUGUCAAUCAGCAGUGGAAAGUACUGAACUAUGACAAGGCAAAAGACUUGGAGGACCAAAAGUCAGGAGGCAGGACAAACCUACGGACUUCCUCAUCAACCCAAGCCAACAUCCCCUCCACGGAAGAGGAGGCAGCCAGCCACCCUGCCCGUGAAGAGGGCCCCACCAGGGCUGCCAGCCACCCAUCAGACCCUGUGUCCCAACACCACUGUGCUUACACCAUCCUGCAUAUCCUGAGUCACUUGAGACCUCAUGAACAGCGGAGCACGCAGGGCAGCAGCCGAGAACUCGUCAUGAGAGUCACCACCGUGUGAAAGGACGCCUGGGAGGAAGGCUGAGAGAGUCCACACACACCGA